UUGUCAUCUCUGCUUGGAGGAAUUAAACAGUAGUUUUGAAAUUUUCCGACAAGGGCGAGCAGGAAAUUGCUAAAGUCAUUGCCAAAUACUUCCACAUCGAGGUGCAACCCGAUGUUACUAUUUCAAUUUUGUGGAGAGUGUUUUCAGAAUAUAUUCGAAUUCCAUAGAUUUUGGUUGAGUAUAGAUGAGAAACAGAAAACACUAAAAAACACAUCUGUUAUGCGACCGGAAAUUGACAUGGGAGCUGUUCAACCUAACAUUUACGCAAAUGGAUUAGAAUUCGUGGCUGCUGAAAUGAAGGAUGACGAAAUAUCGAUGGACCGAGAUUUAAUAUUGACUCCAUUAAAUCCAGCUAUCGAUGAAUUUUCAUCAGAAGAUGAAAAGGAAUUAAAAGCUACUAACAAACGGAAAUGCACUAAAAGGACUGUUAAAAAACCAAACCAAAUAAAUCAGAGAGGUUUACAAACUUCACUGUCACCAAAGAUAUUGCGGAAGAGAAAUGAACGCAAUGAUAAUGAAGACACCCAUUCUAAAAUAAAAGAAAAACUAGAGAAAAAAAGAUACAAAAGUUUUAAUUCGGGAAUUGGACGAAUUUAUAGCAGAAAACACUCAACUAAGUUGUUGCUUAUGUUCGGUACCUCUUAACCUGUUAAGUGAUUAUGUCGUAUAUAUGCGUCAAUUUCAAAAGUUAAUUUUUUAGUUAAUGUCGUAUAUGUGUGUCAUGCCGAAAAAGGAAAUUGCAAUUGCUAUCGAAUUUAAAGUUAAGCAAAAAACGAAAAUUUCCCUAUUGUUUUGACAUUAUAAAGUAAGCAUGAACACGGAAUUUCCUGAUAAUCGUUAUCAUAAUCGUUCAGCCAACGCGCACGGUGAACCCAAUAUUUGGCUGAAAACCGGUUUUGCAUCGACAGUCCAUCGAUUAAUUCAGCACAGUAAAUCGAGCUGUCUAAGAAAAACGAAUCGCUUAACAGGUUAAAGACUUCUAUGACUUGAAGACACAUUUUCGAGAGGAACACCAUUGUGAAGGCUAUAUACCUUGCUGCAACCGUUAUCUAAACCGAAUAUUGUAU